GCCACCGCAUGGGGUCUGUAGUUGUCAGUCGGAACAUGUGGUUGUGAAGAUAGUCUCAAGACAUUCUUUUGGAGAAGUGUGUGUAUGUGUGUGUCGAUCAGUAGAUGACCGUUGUGACAGCUUUUUCUUUUAAAAAAUAAAAGAAACGGAUGGCAAACUCCAUAUUGAACUGCAAAACACCACACCCAAGCACUUACGUGUCCAAAAUAACAGAACACAGAAUCUAAAAAGCCCCUAAGGAUAAAAAAAUCUGAUGCGUGACAUUGUUUGUGUUGGGACGAUAACAGCAGCCGCCAAGAAUCACAGCCUCUAACUGCAUGUGCAGUGCAUGUAUAUUUGUACAAGACAUGCUUGGAAGCAUUCAUUCUCUUGAAACACGGGUUUAUUUGUAAAUGUGCGUACCUGAGAUUCCGCAGGGACAGAAGGUAAAAAAAUCAAAGUACCGACUACAGGACUGGUGUGUGUACCUGUAGCAGAACCAGGAGUUGAAGCUGAUUUAGUGAGACAGGCGAUGACUGGCUGAUACUGCCGACGUGCUUCGUAUUCUGGUCUGGACAUUGCCAAACGGUUCCCUGUAACCGAGUGUAAGGUACAUGCAGCUAAUGAAGAACAGGCAUUAUCAGGCUAUCAUGGACAUGUUGUGACUAAGUCGAGAAACCCAGUAGCACUGAUAUACGCUCCAGCAUUGUUACGUACCUGGACGGUAUCCUUCAGGUGUAAUUAACACUGACUGACCAUUGCUACCUUCAGAUUCUGAAGAGCUGUAGGUUCUACAGGUGUGGUUCAACACAAGUGCAUCAGUCAUUAUAAUCUUUGAAAAAUUGCAAUCCAAUUGUUUUUGUUCUAUAAAACUUAAUAACAUAUUCUGUACUUAAUAACGUACCUCUCACACUCAAAGAUAUUAUUUUAUUUAGAUCAUGGAAAAAUCUUACUAAAGGUCAAACCAUUCUUCUUCCUUUUUUUUUUCUUGAUCUUACUAUAAAAAUAUUUAUAUUGGAUAAGAAGGAGGAAGAAAGAAAAGCACUCUUGGGAAAGGAAAGCACUUUCAGGACAUAUUGUGUGUGGUCUGAUUGGUAACCAGAGGAGGAGUAUAUCAGUUUUGUGUCUUCUUCGAGGAGAGCUCAGACAAAGGUGUAUUAUUCUCUGUGAAAUUAAGGAUGGACAGAUCAAAUGAAUGGAGUGAAAGAUAAAGCAGCACAAGGAAUGUUUUGAUUAAAGGAUGACCAAACUGACAACAUGAAGGACAACGCUUGGAUACAAAUUGUCUUCGACAUGAUCACAGUGUUCUCAACAGUCUUAACAUACUCACCAGGUACUGGUUUCCUGGCCAAUGAACCGAAGCCGGAGUUCUUGCCGUCCAGCAGGAAUGUGACGGUGGAGAGAGGGGACAUGGCCGUUCUACCCUGCAGGGUGAGCAACCUGGGAAAACGACAGGUUGCCUGGCGUCGAAUGCGAGACAACCGGUUUCUGACGGUGGGCACCCUGACGUGGAUCAAGGACUCGAGACUGGUUGUGGAGUACAUACAACCCAACCCAAAGGUCUCCGAAUGGAACCUUCUCAUCAAGAACGUACAGAAGUCGUCGGCCGGGCGAUACGAAUGUCAGAUCACGUCCAUGAAGAGAAGCACACACACUGUGCAGCUCAACGUUAUAGAUCCAAAGCCAGUCAGGACUCUUUUUACUGAAAGACAUCAGCAUGAUAUGAAGAGCUCACUGAGUGAGACCAAGGAAUCACCCCAGCCUGAAAUCCAGUAUAAAAAACACCGCAACAGAAAUUCAGAAGUGCAAGUUCCAGAUUUUGAAUAUAAGUCAGGACAACUACAAACAGAAGAGGAUAAAUCAGGAGAAUCAGGAAACGGAAAAUCAACAGUUUCCUUGUGGUGUAUGUUGAUCACAGUGUUCUCAAUAAUAGACCUGUUAGCAAGGACCACCUUGUGAUAGAAGAGCUAACAAAAACCAUAACACCACCAAAUCCAUGAGCAUAUUACUAAUAAAAACAUUACAACCCCUUUCAGUUUUGUGAUACCAGUGCUAACAGAACACUACAGCACAAAAUUCACAAUCAUAAUGACUUAUUAAAUUUCAAACUCCAUGUGAUAAAGUGUACAGUUUUCACACUGUGCACAUUUAGAAUCAGUUUGUGGUGUGACGAAGAGUGAAUGGUUGCAUCUACCGGUAUGCUGUUGUAUAAAACAAAGAGAGAAAAGAACUUGUUUAUGAAGACCCCUUAAAAUAUACAGAAUUCCUUUAUGUACAGAAUAAAAUGUACAUAAAAUUUACAGAAAAUCAACAAUGUCUUUUACAGUCAAGUGAUUGUAAUUCAAGAUAAUGAAACUUGUUUAUGAAGAACUCUUGAAAACCUGUGUAAACAGAUAUCCUUUAUUUAUUUACAGAAUGGAAUCCAUAGAUAUUGUAAAGGGUCAUCUGUGAUCAGGUGGUUGUAAUACAAGAGAAUUAAUGAAAUCUGUUGUAUAGGCUGUACUUAGAAGGUGGAACUUGUAUGUAAGAAGGUGUCUGUAAUUCAAGAUCAUUAGUGCAAUGAACCUGUCUAAUUAAGACCUGCUAAAGACCUAUAUAUAUAUACGCAGAUUGGUGUUAUUUACAGGUUGGACUUUAUAUAGAUUGGACAUUUCCUAUUAUUGUCAGGUGGUGGCAAUACAAAGGCAUUGGUGUAAUUUGACAAUUAAAACACUCAGUGAUCUGAAAACAUAGAUGUCUUUAUUUAUAAGGUGGAAUUCACUGAUAAAGUACAGUACCCUACAUGGUCUGAUGGUUGAAAUACAAGGGCAUCAGUGUAAUUGGACAAAAAAAAGACAGUGAUCUGAAUACACUGGUGUCCUUUAUUUACAGGUUGGAAUUUGAACAGAAUUAACAGUGACCUGCAUGGUCCAGUGGAUGUCUUCUGAACAACAAAACCAUUAGCAUAUUCAAGUUCAUAUCACUGCACAAGGAAAAGUUCAAAGGGUGUUUUACUAGGCUAUAUUAUAAAGCCAUGUUGACAAACAAAACGAUCAUUUGACAUUGAAAUAUUUUGUACACCAGUCACAACUUUAUGUAGUUAACAUUAUAUUACUUUGCAAAGAU